AUGGUGUUGUCCAGCGGCAACGGCAGCGACUCCUGCUUCUCCUUUGGGCAGGUGUGGGCGACGCGACUUGCCGACGGUCACACACCGACGCUGCGCGGCGUGCCCAAAGUGGACCUGCACUGCCACCUCAACGGCAGUAUCAGUGCCCCGUUGCUCGCCCAUCUUGAGUCCCUCCAGCAGCGGGCGAGUGGAGCCGGCGCCAGUAGCACCGAUGAUGCUGCCGCGCACGGGGGUGCGGAGCCGCCGCCGCCAAUCGGUCGAGACCUCAAGAGGGCGGAGUGCAUUGUGGAAGAACACUCCAGUACAGCCGAGCGUAUGCAGUUCUGCUUCUCGGUCUUCAGUAACAUCUACAAGGUCAUGAACAACAUAGCCUUCGCGCGGCUGGCGGUGCAGGACCUGCUGAUACACUCUGCGGCAGAAAAUAUGUUUGCACUGGAGAUACGCACGUCUCUGCGCCACGGGCUCUACACGACACCCAGCGCCGCCGCACGUGGCGUCGAGGCGGAGCGUGUCACAAAGAAGACCUAUCUUGAGACGGUGAUUGGCACCGUUGAGCACCUCAUGUACGGCGGCCUGGUGGAUCUGGUGACGGGCGAACUGCUGCCGAUCGGUGGUGCGGUUCCUGCGGCGUGGUGGUCGUACUUUGUGGAUUUGUACGGCUCCCUCAUUUCAGAUACGGUGGGGCACGCGGAUGUGAAGGGAACACCGGCGGUCACAGUAACAAGAGAAGCUGCGGCGGCCUUUUUGGAGGCCAUUCAAACUCAUAUGACGCACCGCAUACACAUCCGUCUCCUUGUGUCCAUUAACAGAGGUGACGACGUCGUGGCGGCGAAUGAGGCGGUUAUGCUCGCCAAGGAGCUGCAGCGCGAACAGGUGAGCCGCUUCUUCACCGCGGCGGCGGUGGAUGCAGCGCGGCAUAGUGUGGAGCAGUCGACGAGGUACCUGCAGCUGCGGGACAUGAUCCGCCGAAGCUGCUGGGUGAGCGGCAUCGAUUUCUCCGGCCACUGCGCGAAGAAUCACUUCCGCGACUUUCGCCCGGCGCUCGAGGAGGCGCGACGCGGCGACGGUGCCACGUCGUACCCGUCGCUCGGCAUCACGCUCCACGCGGGGGAAAAGGACGACGCCGGGGAGCUGGCGGAGAUGGUGGCGUUUGCGCCGGAGCGCUGGGGCCACCUCGUCUUCACCGACCCCGCCAACCUCGGCGCCAUCAUCGCGCGGCACGACGCGAUUGAGCUCUGCAUCUCCAGCAACGCCCUCACCGGUGGUUACACCGGCGUGGCGCGCCACCACCUCGGCUGCAUUCUGGAGGCGCAGCAGCAGCAGAAGACGGAAAAUGGGAAGUCCCCUGACUUAAUCGGAUUGCUGACAGAUGAGAGCAGUCUCACAACAACAAUGCGGUGGCGAGAGAAGCGGCGCCUCUCCCGCUGGCUGCGUCAGCCCGAAGCUGCAGUGGCAGAAGCAACAGCCGAGUGGACCGCAAUUCCAAAUGUGUCCUUUCAUACCGAUGAUCGUGGCGUCUUUGCCACGUCAGUGACGAAGGAAUUGGAGCAGCUGCUGCAGCACGGGAGCAUGACGGGACGAGAGACAGCGGAUAUGACCCCAGUGAUGGCCUUGUGGGCGCUUCAGCGGCUUGCCGUGCCACAUAUGUUUGAGCUUCCUCUCGAGGUGGUGUACUUUUGCACACGAAUGGAUGAGUAUAAAUGCGACAGUACUGAUGCCUGCAGCACUGCGGCGCAGCUGACGGCGCGGGUGGCAAUGUUAAGCGAUGCUGAACGUGCCAAGUUGAGUCGUAUUGAGCUUGGCUGGCUUCUGGGCGACUUUGAUGAUGUUGGGCAGUUAACUGGAAGGCAACGAGGGUCAGGAAUGUGUCGAUCAAGUUGA